AUGGCUCGUAUGGGGGGAAAGUGUUGCUGUAAAGAUAAGGUAUGCAUCCCCACAUAUUGUGCUGUAGUAUCAUAUGUCAAACCAUCAACUAUCGCGGCUUCAAAAAUCAUAGAAUACUAUGUUUCGUUAAAUAAUCGAACUAGCUUUUUCGAUUGUACUACAUUACACAAUAAUAUAAAGGAUCAGCUUAAACGUAAACUCAUAAAAUUCAAAAUGAAAAUGAUGGAUGAUAAUAGGAGUAUCAGUAAUAUCACAGUAGCUGCGGUUUACACAAAACCAGAUGCUGCUCUACGUAGCGAAUUAAAAAGGAUUGCACAGGCACUAACAGUUGCUGGAAAGGGGAUCCUCGCAGCGGAUGAGUCUCCGAAUUCUCUUACCGAGAGGUUCAGAGAAAUGAAUUUGGAUAAUACGGAAACGCUCAGAAGAGAUUUUAGGCUCAUGCUGUUUUCAGCGGAUAAGGAUCAAAUAUCCAAGUACAUCAGCGGUGUUCUUCUCCACCAUGAGACACUCCACCAAGAUACACCGGACGGUGUUGACUUCACGGAAUUUCUACGUCAACGGAACAUCAUCACUGGUAUCAAGGUUGACAAAGGUCUCGUGGAAAUGUUCGGAUCAGACGGUGAAACCACGACUCAAGGAUUGGACGAUUUGCUGGAGAGGUGCAUUGAUUAUAAGAAAAAGGGCUGUCACUUUGCGAAAUGGAGAUCAACCUAUCGUGUCACAGAUACACUGCCCAGUCGGCAGGCCAUCGAGGCAAACGCUCAUUUUUUGGCCAGAUACGCUAGCAUUUGCCAAAGUUCAAGACUAGUUCCUAUUCUCGAACCGGAAGUGCUUACCAUUGGUGGUCACAGUCUAGCGAGAAGUCAGCAAGUUCACGAGGAGAUUUUGUCAUUUUUGUACCGCACAUUGAUCAUGCACCAAGUCUACCUUGAAGGAACCAUUCUAAAGCCGUCGAUGGUCACCCCAGGAGUCGACAAUGGAGACAUUUGUAGUCCACAGCUCAUAGCAGAAGCCACAUUGACAGCUUUAACCAGAACUGUCCCGAGUGCCGUGCCGGCUAUCACGUUUCUGAGUGGUGGCCAAAGCGACGAUGAAUCAACGAUCAACUUGAACGCAAUCAACUUUCUCAAGAGAGAAAACAAACCAUGGAUUUUGACGUUCUGUUACGGGCGGGCUCUUCAGGAGUCAGCUAUGAAAGUUUGGAAUGGACAGCCUUGGCUAGUUGAGAAAGCUCAAGCUAAAUUUUUGGAAAGAGCGAAAGCUUGCUCCGAAGCUGCUUUAGGAGAAUACAAAGAGAACGUUGACUGCGGCGAAACAGCUGCAUGUCAAUAUCCCAUUGAGUGACCAAUUGAACGCGAUGACGAUAUCAACGUAAUCAUAUAAUCAU